UGGUCGAGAGCAUUCGAUGGGUGUUGAAGCAACAGUCUGUGCUUGUUGCUGUGGUUGCGCUCGAUUGAUUUAUUUUCCUGCUGGACCAAAGCAACCUACUUUCUGAUCUGGAAUUCUCCACCUCGAUCACAACCAUACCGAACCAGGCUGUGUUUUGCAGUACUGUACUAGUUUAAACCGUUGCUGUUUUGCUGGCUACCCCACCCCCACCUCUCCUUAACUAUACCUCCUUGAACAUCUGCACCACUCAACCCACCAUGGUUCUCGACUACAGCAAGUGGGAUGCUCUUGAGCUGUCAGAUGACUCCGAUAUUGAAGUGCACCCCAAUGUCGAUAAGCGCUCUUUCAUCCGAGCCAAACAGGCUCAGAUCCACCAGCAGCGUGUGCAGCGCCGUCAUGAGAUCCAAACCUUCAAGUAUGAGCGCAUAAUCAACGAUGGCUUGCUCGCCCGCAUCGACAAGCUUCUUACACUCCUGAAGCAAAAUGAAGGCUCUUCCAAGAGCCCCGAGGAAUUCGUCUUCCAGGCUUUAAUGGAGUUUGCCAGUGACCCGUCAGAGGACCUGCCUCCCCCACCGCCGGAAGGAGUCCACACGCAAGAGAAGGAACAACCCAAGUAUUCUCAGAUGAUGGGUGCUCUGGUUGAUCAGGUGAAGAAAGAAAUCGGUGAAGUCAGUGACGAUAAGCUUUUCUCGGAAUACAUCAAGGGCGUGCAGGGACAUAAGGAUAAGGUGCAAGGUCUACAAAAAGAGCUUCACCAAAGACUUGCACAACUGGAGAAGGAGGAGAGUAGCAAGAUCACCAGUGACCAGCUACACACUGGUUUUGACACUUCGCAUAUCGCCAAGGGAGGCCAAAUCCAGGGCCAGGGCUCGUCGGCGAAGACCCAGACCGUCGAGCUUUUGAACCCCGGGGCUUCAGCUGGUGCUUCACCUCAGGCACCUGCCGCCGAUGAUGAGGAUGAGGAUGAGGAUUCAGAGGAUAUGAAGGCCAGUGACCUAGCCAAGCGGUUUGCAAAGAUCGACCGCGGCGAUUACCGCGCUUUGUUACAGUUCAUCUCCGCGAACCCCCAGAUCGUCGCCGAGAGAGAGACCGAUGGCCUCCUUGUGGAGGCCUUCAAUAGCCAGAUGGAAGGCAAGGAUGAGUAUGCCCGUCAAUGUGUCCACCAGGCAUUGCUGUUGCAAUAUUGCCGGUCCCUCGGUCGCGACGGCAUCUCUCUAUUUUUCAAACGUAUCACAACGGCAGACCACCAGGCCGGAACCCUUUUCCGAAAUGACGUGAACGAGACCUAUAACAAGAUCAAGACGCGUGCUGCACAGCUCGCCAAGGAUGGCUCUGCAUCUAACGAUCCGGCUGGUGUGGAGCAGAUCCAGUUGCAUGCGGUUGACCCCAACACCAAGAUCAGCAUUGCUAUUCCUGCAGCCGAGAGUCAGGAUCCCAUUGAGGUGGAGGCGCGCAAGGUCUUCGAGUCCUUUUCGAAGGAAAUGCAGAACGCGUUGGCAUCGGAGUCUCUGGACGAAGUCAAUAAGGUUCUUGGAGAAUUGAGCGUUGAAGAGGCGGAGGAUGUCGUUGAAAAGCUGGGACAAUUCGGCAUGCUAAGUCUUGAGGAGGGCAUUGUCGACGCCACGACUGAAGAAGGUCGGAAGAAGUUAGAAGAAAUCGAGGCGGAGAACAAGAGGGAGAAGGAGAUAGGUGAGCCAGGAGGUGACAUCACCGAGUUGGAUUGAGUAGUGUGAAUGUACAGCCUACAUGUCAUUGAAAAAGGUCUUUAUGUCCAAUUGUCAUCAUCUGAACCCAGACCGGCAACUAUGCUAUUAUUCUGAUCGCCUACUUUCCACACACUGCACUUACUAGCUCAAAGCCAUCACAGCUUCGACAUGCAAUAGUCUCCGG